AGCCAGGUUUGUUUUAUUGUUUUCUCCGCUAUUUGUGGCCCGAUCAGUAUGAUACCUUCCUGUGAUCGAAUAAGUGCACCCGAUCUAAUGGAGCCCUUAUCACGGAUCCAGAAUAUUUUUCCCAAUCAAACAUAAUAGUAUUUAUCUAUUUAUUUUAUUAUUCGACAACGGGUUCAAAAUAAUCCUUAACUAACUUAUUACUAUCUGAAAUAAUAGCAAACAAUUAAAAAAUCAUACAUGAAAUAGGAAAACAUCUAUAAACAACCGUCUGAUGGCUUCUUUCCUCUCGCAUCCCAGUUGGCAACGCAUUGUGCUGGCGAAGAGCCCAACAGAUGGGCUCGUUAUUGCCAUAGUUGGUCCGGUGGAGAUCAACUUUAAAGGGUGCUUGGGUCCUUGGGCUCCUUGCAGGCGUACUCAAGCCAAUCCUACCAAGCAGGUCAGGGCAACCGAUGUUACCCACUUAGAGUUUAUUGAUAAAGAUCUGAGCAUCAAUGGUCCUUGCAUCCUAGCGCGAGGAGAGCUGCACGAGGCGAAAUCUGCGAACUUUCUGGAUGCCAGGAUGGGCUACAGCUUCAAAACGCAGGACUUAUGUAACCAACAUUUUGCCACAAGCCGAGCCGAGUCUCCAGACAUAGACCCAUUCAAGCACCGAAGCGUGUUCGAGACAAACGGAGUCCUAUCCCCGACAGAGAUAAUCGUAUCCCAGCAGGACAGAGGCGCACCCCUUGCAAGAUCCGCACCUUACAAACCAUCGGCAUCCUUCGAACUGGGCAUCGAUAACAAGGAGUUUGACUAUGGCAACCAGGGGAGGAGCUACGAGGGCUACUAGACUCUAGAUAGAUCUCGUUGCUGUUAGG